GUUUCCAGCUCCCUGAGUCGCCAUUUUGGAGGAAAGUUUGGGAAUUUGUAGACCUGGGGAGGUGCUGGAGAGGGAGAGGAGGAGGAGAAGGAGAAGAAGAAGAAAAGAGGAAAAAGGAGGGAGGAGGGAUUUCACAGAAGUUUGACACGAAUGCACGUCGCAGGCGGGGACACGGCGGAGCGGUGCGGACCAGUGCGGGAUAAGUGAGUGUAGGUGUGCCGCCAGCCUGGCUUUGAAGUUUUUUUUAUUUCUGGACGAACCCGGAGCCGCUCCUCCUCCACCCAGCAGCAGCGGGCAGCUCAUGCAUGCGCCGCCUGCACAGCAGCGGGUGUUUCCCGGACUUUGGCACACUGCAGGUCCCGCUCGGUCCGAGCCAGAUCUGCACUUUUCGGAGCCAGCUCCAGAGUCUGCCUGCGCGGUGCACGCCGGCGCACACAGCCUCUCCGGCGGGGAACUACAUCUGUGAGAGUCGGUAGCUCAGCGGAGCUUCACUUGUUAGCGGGACUGCUGGCUGAGCCGUCCCCGGAGGCUCGCUGUUGUUGUGCCAGUCUGCCCCCCGACGCUCCGUCCGGAGGGCUUUUGGCUCGGAGGGAUUUUCUUCAGCCCUGACUUGGAGCGGUGACAGCGGCGGGUUUAUCCGGCGGAACCGCGAACAAAAACCGUCCUGUGUGAGGACUGCAUGCGGCUGAGGCGGAUCUAGUCGAGCCAGACCACCACCAUGCCAGUGAGAAAGAAAGACGCACAGCGAGCGCUGCAGCUGCUGGAGCAGUACCGGGCCAAGCUGAACCACACCGAGGACCGGCAGCUCCGACACUCCAUCCAGAGGGUCAUCGACAUCUUCCAGAGCAAUCUCUUCCAGGCUCUCAUAGAUAUCCAGGAGUUUUACGAAGUGACCUUAUUGGACAGUCAGAGAUGGGUGGAGUCUUCCAAGGGGGCGGACCCCAUGGCGCCCGUCAACCUAUGGGACUUCUCCAGCCUUCAAAGUACAACGGUGACCUCGGACACGCUGCCCAGCCUUAGCACCAGCAUCGAGGACUCCCCCCUCCUAAACGAAAUCCUCCACACGUUGGCGCAGGCCAAGUGCCCGCCUGGCCGUGACGGACAAAAGUACAGGCACCACGAUGAGGACUCGUCCCCCCAGGACCAGAGCUCCCCCCAGCUGACGGAGGAGGCGGGGGGCCCAGAGCUGGUCCAGGUAGCAGAGAAGAACCUUUCCCUGAUCGAGAAUGUGCACGGCUACGUCACCCACGCUCACAUCUCACCGAUGAAGGUAGCGUCUCUGGAGUGCAUCUUUGACGGCUCAACUUUAGGACAGCAUCACCCGGAGCUCCCCUCCCCUACGUCCUCCACUCUCUACCCCCACGGAGAGGAAAGCCCCCUCCCCUCCUGCUCCUCCAACCCUUACCCCCCGAUCCAGCAGGCCGAGGCCGCCCCGCCUUCCUCACCCAUAAUCCCCGUGAUCCCAAUCUUGCCAAUCCCAGCCGAGACCACCGCCAUCCCUCCAACGUCACAGGCCAAUCCUCCGCCUGUGGUGGUCAACGCAGACAGCCUGGACACACCUCCAUACGUGAACGGGACGGAGGCUGAUUAUGAGUACGAGGAGAUCACGCUGGAGCGGGGAAACUCGGGGCUGGGCUUCAGCAUCGCAGGCGGCACCGACAACCCUCACAUCGGUGAAGACCCCAGCAUCUUCAUCACCAAGGUGAUCCCCGGAGGAGCGGCGGCGCAGGAUGGACGGCUCAGGGUCAAUGACGUCAUCCUGAGAGUCAACGAGGUGGAUGUUCGGGACGUGACCCACAGCCGAGCCGUGGAGGCGCUGAAGGAGGCGGGAUCUCUGGUCCGACUCUACGUCCGCAGGAGGAAACCCGUCUCAGAGAAAGUGAUGGAGAUCAAGCUGGUGAAAGGACCCAAAGGUCUCGGCUUCAGUAUAGCGGGCGGCGUGGGGAACCAGCACAUCCCCGGCGACAACAGCAUCUACGUCACCAAGAUCAUCGAAGGCGGAGCGGCUCAUAAAGACGGGCGGCUGCAGAUUGGAGACAAACUGCUGGCUGUGAACAGCUCCUGCCUGGAGGAGGUGAGCCACGAACACGCCGUCACUGCCUUGAAAAACACUCCCGACGUGGUCUACUUGAAAGUGGCUAAACCCAACAGUGUCUUCAUGAACGACAGCUUCGCUCCGCCCGACCUCACCAACUCGUACUCCCAGCGCAUGGAGAACCAUAUCAGCCCCCCCAACUUCCUGGGUCAGCCCGUCCCUCCGCCAGCAUCCUCGGGGCGUUACUCCCCGACCCCGAAGAGCACGCUGGGAGACGACGACGUCACCCGGGAGCCGAGGAAGGUGGUGCUUCACAGAGGAGCGACGGGACUAGGCUUCAACAUCGUGGGCGGGGAGGACGGCGAGGGGAUCUUCAUCUCCUUCAUCCUCGCCGGAGGACCUGCUGACCUCAGCGGAGAGCUGAGGAAAGGAGACCGACUCGUCUCCGUGAACGGCGUGGACCUCCGUAACGCCACCCACGAACAGGCGGCCGCCGCCCUGAAGAACGCCGGGCAGACAGUGACCAUCGUCGCCCACUACAGACCAGAAGAGUACAGCCGGUUUGAGGCAAAGAUCCACGACCUGAGGGAGCAGAUGAUGAACAGCAGCAUCAGCUCGGGCUCUGGGUCUCUGCGGACGAGUCAGAAGAGGUCGUUGUACGUCAGAGCUCUGUUCGACUACGAUAAGACGAGAGACUCCGGUCUGCCGAGUCAGGGCCUGAACUUUAAGUUCGGAGACAUCCUUCACGUGGUGAACGCCUCCGACGACGAGUGGUGGCAGGCGAGGCAGCUGACGGCACAGGGAGAGGUGGAGGAGGUGGGGGUCAUCCCCAGCAAGAGACGGGUGGAGAAGAAGGAGAGGGCGAGGUUAAAGACGGUGAAGUUUAACGCCAAGUCUCGGGACAGAGGGCAGUCUCUCAAUGACAAGCGUAAAAAGAACCUCUUUUCCCGAAAGUUUCCGUUCUACAAGAGCAAAGAGGCGAGCGAGCAGGAGACCAGCGAUGUCGACCAACACGUGACGUCUAACGCCAGCGAUAGUGAGAGUAGCUACCGUGGGCAGGAGGAGUACGUGCUGUCCUACGAGCCCGUCGUUCAGCAGGAAGUGAACUACACCCGCCCCGUCAUCAUCCUCGGCCCCAUGAAGGACCGCAUCAACGACGACCUGAUCUCAGAGUUCCCCGACAAGUUCGGAUCCUGCGUCCCUCACACGACCCGGCCGAAGCGGGACUACGAGGUGGACGGCAGAGACUAUCACUUCGUGAUCUCCAGAGAGCAGAUGGAGAAGGACAUCCAGGACCACAAGUUCAUCGAGGCGGGGCAAUACAACAACCACCUGUACGGGACCAGCGUGCAGUCGGUCCGGGAGGUGGCGGAGAAGGGCAAACACUGCAUCCUGGACGUGUCAGGUAACGCCAUCAAGAGACUCCAGCUGGCUCAGCUCCACCCCAUCGCCAUCUUCAUCAAACCCAAAUCUGUGGAGAACAUCAUGGAGAUGAACAAGCGUCUGACGGAGGAGCAGGGCAAGAAGACCUUCGACCGAGCGAACAAGCUGGAGCAGGAGUUCACCGAGCAUUUCACAGCCAUCGUGCAGGGCGACACGCUGGAGGAGAUCUACGACCAGGUGAAGCAGAUCAUCGAGGAGCAGUCGGGUCCCUUCAUCUGGGUUCAGUCCAAGGAGAAGUUAUGAAGACGGCCGCUCCUCCUCCUCGUUUUGACGGACGAGUCGACCUGCAGACGUCCCCUCCCCCACGCCUCACCCUCCACUCGCCCCAUCAGCGACGCAGCGGCCGACCCGAGUUCAGUUUAGCUUCUUUUCUUUCUUUCUUUGCCUGAUAAGACUUCAUGUUUGGGUUUCCUGACCAGCAGAGCAAAGCACACAGGAAGUUUGAUGACAUCACACUCACCGCGGUACAGCUCCUUAAUGUUUAAGGGAGGAGAACUUUAGAGGAGACGAGGAAGGUACCUGGAAGUGACGAGAAGAAACGUACGAAGUGGAUUUUAUGUUUAGUUUUUUCUUUGUGGGUUUUUUUUCCCUUUUUUUGUCUUGUAAGGUAAGCUGGUGGGCGGAGUUUCAGUCUCAGGCAGCGUCUGUCGGUCCGGAGGAGGCGGAGACACAAAAAGCAAAACUUUGCACGUUUGAGCUUUAACAGCAUGUCAGUUAAUCCCGUUUAUUUUCCCAUCAGCCCCGUCGCCUCACGUCUGAUGUCACCGCUUUUCUCUUCUGCUCGUUUUUUAGACUCUACUCACGUUUCGUUUGUUUUUUAUUUUCGCUCCUCGCUGCUGCUGGAUGUUCGUCAGGACGCUGCGAGGUUCCUGCUCUGCUGCUAGAGGGCGCCCAAGGGUUAACGAAGGAAAACGACAAGUUCCUUACUUUGUUUUUAAAGGAAACGGUUUUAACAUUUAUAAUUUUCUGUCGAUGAGAAAGAAUCUGACAGAUUUUCUGAUUUCAGGGAUGAAAAAAUAAAAGCUCUGUUUCUGCAGACGUCGAAUCGUUUCUCACCAAACCACCGAGACAGAGACAGAAAAGUAUAAAUAUUUUUAUAGAUGAAAAUAAGCUGAGUGCAAUCAUCAAAAAUUAUAAAUCAUAUCUAUAAAAAAUAUUUUAUUCAUUAACGUGUUUAAUUUCACUAAAACACCAAAUGCAAGACAGAAAUUCCCAAAUAUGUUUAUUUUAUUACCAGAAAAAUCUCAAUAUUAGAAAUAACAAAAAAAUCUAAUAAAAUCAAACUAUUUUAUUUUACUAAAGAAAAUUAUCUCAGAAUUUUAUGAAACUCUGAUUAUGCCAAAUAUGGUUUAUGAUAAAAUCUAAUUUAAGAUAAUUAAAUAUUAAAAUCAAGAAAAAUGCUACAAACAUUUUCCGCCUGUUAGAAAAACUGCUCAUAAUUAAUGAACAGAUUUUUAUGAAAGAUCCGGAACAUCAAGGAAAAAAUAAUCUAAUACAAAAAGAAUUUGAAUCACCAGAAAAUGCAAAACAAAUUAAAUUGUUUUAACUUAAAUUAAUUUAGAAAAGCGUGAAAAUUUUAAGUUUAGAAUAACUUAAAAUCCCAAAUCCGUAUUUUACUUACAAACGCACCAGAAUCACAGGACAAAAGAUUUCUUAAUAUUUUAUUAUUACCCCUAAAAUCUUAAAAGUAAAGAUUUUAUUUUACCAAAAUAUAAAACAGUGAAACAAGAAUUAUAAUAACUUUUAUUACAACAAUCUAUUUUAUUAUAAUGACAUUAUAACUGUAACACUUAUGAAAAACUAAAAAUAUUUAAAAGCACGUCAGAGCUGCAGGACAACACGAAGUAACGCCGACGUUUACGAGCGUCUCGUGAGAUCUGAACUCCUGAUUUUAGAUUCUCUUCAGCUGAUUUUUUUUAAAAUUCUGGUCUCUUUUCUCACUUGGACAAGUCCACAGUCACGUGACGCAGUGGCGCCCUCUGCAGUUAGAACCCCGCCGGUCGUCGCGGUGACGUCCAUCAGCGUCGCCAGUGUCUUACCACAAAAACGAUGUCGAUCAUGCGAUUCGCGCGGCGAGCCCGGAGACGAGCUGCCACCUCCAGGCGUCCACAGGUGUCGGAAACACGAUUAUUGUACAAUGAGAUUUUGACAGAUAUUUAACCCUCGGUAAACUGCCUAUUUUGUUAUAAUAAAGUCUAUAUUGAACUUUACUUAAGCACUACUACUACGGGAAUUAUUUUCUUUGCAUUGUUAAUCAUAUAUGAAUAGAAAAGUAUAAAGAUAUUUGAAUAUGAAUAUAUAUUUUUCUUUUUCUUUGAUCACCACCUCCUCUGUCUUUUAAUUUUCUUUUUUAAGCAUAAUAAAAACUUAACAAGAAAA